AUGUAUUUACCAGUUUUUCUUACUAUAAUUUUGGGUUUUGUUACAAAACUAACCAUUUGUAAUGAAAGACCAGUGAUCGGAAUACUGACACAAGAAGUUUAUUGGUCUAGUUUUAACAAUAUUAAACCAUCUAAUAACUCAUAUAUAGCUGCAUCUUAUGUUAAAGCAAUUGAAGCUUCUGGAGGACGAGUUGUACCAGUUUUCACCAACAGAACUACUGAAUAUUACAACGAUGUAGUGAAAAAUGUAAAUGGUAUAUUGGUCCCUGGAGGAGGAAGUGCGUUAAAUAUUAGUUUUGGAAUAAGUCAAUCGACAAAUGAAAUUUUUCACAUUGCAAGACAUAUUAAUGACAAUGGGGAUCGAUUUCCAAUUCUUGGAAUUUGUUUAGGAUUUGAACUUCUUCUAAUCGCAUCCAUUGCUGGAAAAAAUCCUCUAACAAGCUGUAAUUCUAAUGACAUGAAUUUACCUCUAAAUCUAAUACCAACAAUGGAAGAAAAAAGUGUGUUAUUCAAAACAAUGCCAAAGGAUGUUCGAAAUGUACUACUUACAGAACCAGUUACAGCUAACCAUCACAUUCAUUGUGUUUCAAAAAAGAACUUCAAAUUAAUGAAGUUAGAUCACUUUUGGAAUUCCAUAACAAUAAACAAAGAUUCAAAUAAUUUGACUUUCAUAUCCACAGUAGAAGCUAAAAGUUAUCCAUUUGUGGGAUUACAAUUUCAUCCAGAAAAAAAUGCCUAUGAAUGGAAAAGGAAUGACCCUCAUAGUUGGUCAGCAAUAUAUUCAGCACGUUAUUUUUAUGAUUGGUUUGUUAAUGAAUGUCGUAAAAAUAAUCACAGAUAUAUCAAAAAUAGUACACUAGAAAAUGAAUUGAUUUAUAAUUACCCUACUACAUAUGUAGGAAAAUUAAAUUCUGUUUUUGAACAAGUGUACAUUUUUGAUGAAUAAGUAUCAAUUAUGUAAUUAAUAUAUCAUAUCAGUUUUAUAAUUAUAAAUUGUUCUGUCAUUCAAUGUAUUUUUUAUUCCAUUUUAAAUAUAUCACUACAUAUAAUCAUUA